AGACGUCAGCUGAAGAAAGUGGUGACCAUUGGCCCUGUGUUGAGCGGACAAACCGGUGUUACCUAGUAUUCUAUGUACCGUGAAUUGUAUCAAACAGAUUUUUGGUGUACUUUUAUUAUCUUUUUGAAUAUUUGUAUAUUAUUUAUUGGUCGCAAUCCAGCAACCAACAUAUCACUGCUUCUUUCAUUGGUCGAGAGACCACGAUUUUCUGUCGUUUCUCGUUUUUUAUUACCUAAUAAUGGGACGCAAGAAGAAGAAGCAGCAGAAGCCAUGGUGCUGGUACUGUAACCGUGAGUUUGAUGACGAGAAGAUUCUGAUCCAGCAUCAGAAGGCAAAGCACUUCAAAUGUCAUGUGUGCCACAAGAAACUGUACACGGGACCGGGUCUAUCCAUUCACUGCAUGCAGGUUCACAAGGAAACAGUGGACAAAGUUCCCAAUGCUCUGCCCAACCGGAACAAUAUCGAGAUCGAGAUCUACGGUAUGGAAGGUAUACCAGAGGAGGACGUGCGGGCACACGAGCAGAAUCUGAAGAACAAGGGCAGCAACAAAAACAACGACGAUGAUGAUGACGACUCGAAUCCAGCCGGCGGUCCGGCCGGCCCGUCUCGCUCGUCCCAACUGCACCCGUCCACCCAGCAGCCGUUCGGCGCCUUGCCCGGUAUGGCAGGGCCCGGAGCGGCCGGCGCCGGGCCCCCCGGCAUGGCCGGGCCCGGCAUGAUGAGGCCCAUGGGGCCCAUGGGAGGAGGACCCGGCAUGGGACCGUACGGCAUGCAUCCAGGCAUGAUGAACCAGAUGGGCGGCAUGGGACCCAUGGGCCCGAUGGGUCCGAUGGGCCCCAUGGGUGGCAUGGGCCCGAUGGGCGGCCGGCCCAUGGGGAUGCCCCCUGGUGGCCCGUCUCGGCCCCUGUUCCCGGCGGCUCAGGUGACUGCGGCUCAGCCCGGCUUCCCCGGACCUGGAGCGGGCAUGGAUAGCGGGCCGCGGCCGGCCUUCCCUGCCUAUAGCCAGCCGUCGGCCACAGUAACCCGUCCGGGCGCUCCGGUGGUGGGAGCUGCCUCGGUCCCCGUCCAGGGAGUGUCAUCCGUGCCCUCCAUGGGCGGGCCGGGCGGCGCCCCGGUACCCACCGCGUCAGAGAUCAGCAGAAAACCGGCGCUGAUACAGCAGGGAGGCGCCACCAGCAAGAUUGUCCAUCCUGAGCAGGAUAUCUCGCUGGAGGAGCGUCGCGCCCAGCUCGCCCGCUACCGUCAGCCCCAGGGCCGCGGCGGUCCGGGCGCCGCCCACCAGCCCGGCCAGGGUGGUCCGAUGGGAGGCGGACACCCACAGGGCGGUCCGAUGGGCGGCGGACACCCGCAAGGUGGAGGUAUGGGCGGUCCGCGGCCGCCCCACCAUAUGCAGCAGAUGGGGAUGAUGCGCCCGGGCGGGCCGCAGCCUGGUUUGCUGGGCGCCCGGCCGCCUGGAAUGGCUGGAGGUCCGCCGCGCCCUUACUGAACUGACGGUAAGUGCGCCGCCGUCGACGCCGCUGCCGAUGAUGCCGUCGACGAUGCUGUCAUCGACGCCGUCGACGAUACCCCGUCGGCUUCGAUGGAGGUAAGCGGCUCUCUUCUCGCCGCUCCGCAACGGACCAUCUUAGGCGCACCGUCGUCGCGGCCGCCCCCGCUCCGCGUCUUCUUUCGGUGGGGGUUGUGGGGAUGCUCGCGUCGCGGGGAUGGGCGGUGAUCAAGAGGAAGAAGAAGGCGUCAUCACGGGGUGGUGAUGUUUUAGGAGUUGUGGACGUUGUAGACUCCCUAAAGGGUCCAUGGUGACCCUCUGAGGCGCCCCGAUUCAUUCGUACUGCUCGCGAACUGUGCGAUCGGUGCGCUCAUUCCGCGAAUUUGGACUGUCAUUGUAACGUUCUACAGCAAAGGAUGCGUAAUGUCUCCGCUCUGUGUCGUAUUCAAUUCAUUCAUCCGCCGCUGUGGCGUGGCCAAUCGAACGUUCACUACUGAUAUUUGGUGGUCCAGAAUACAGGUUCAAAGUCU